GUGAAUUCUCUUAGCCUCACAGCAGCCCUCUGUCUUGAUGGGAGCAGGGGUGUCCACAGCCACAGAGCCAGUUGAGGAGCAGAGCAAGGCAGACUGAUUCUCCCCAAGUUAGCCCAGGGGUUCAGAUCCAGUUUCAACUCUUCCCCCCCCUCCCCUCCUGCCUAACCCAGACUCUGGGCUCCUUAACGGAGAUCCUGGUCUCUGGUCCACCCAGCCUUGACAGAACCUAGGUGCUCUCCUGAUCCCUGCCCCCUCCUUCAAACCCAUCCCAUCCCCAGUUCAGCCUAUAUCUACCCACUUACCAGGGCCCUGGCCCUGUGCUGCGCACUGGGCACACAGGUUGUGGGGAAGGGGCCGGGUAGGUUACAUGUGGAUGAUGACUAUGUAAGGGAAGGUAGCGGUGGGGGGCUUCCAGGAGGAGGUGAGGGGCCUUGAGCUGAGCUCUGAAGGAAGAGUAGGUAUUGGCCCCGUGAUGGGAAGGGUUUCUGGGUAGGAGAGGCAAGUGUAGGGGAGUGAAAGAAGCUCAGAAUGGCUGGGGGAAGGGGCAGGGGCCAGAUCCCAGUGUAAGGAUGCCUAGGCUGCAGGUGGGGCUGAACUGGAGGCCAAGGGCAAGGGCCCUUGGAGAUUCAGUGGAGCUUCAGUAGGAGGCCAGGUUGAGGUUGGAGAGUGAGUAAGUGCAGAGGAGGGCCCCAGGCUGGGGCCUCAUGACCCUACAAAGCUUCAGUUCUGGGAAAGGGGAAGCUGUGGAGACCUGGGUGGUGUCACAGCUUCCUCUUUCUCUGAGGCCUCCAGGGCUGCAUGUCCCUGGGGUUCCACUGCCCUGGUUAGUUGGUUUUCUUCCAGGGAAUUUCUGGUUCUAAUUGUUUGGGCAUUUUUGGAGAUGGGGGUGGGUUGCAUGUUAGGAAGCUUGCUCCCCCUCAACCUGUUUUGUGGAGGCCUCCCGCUCCAGACACUGCUGGGGGAGGGCUUUGUGGUGAAUGAGACAGACAUCCCUGCCCUUGCUGCUGUCGGGGUGGGGUAGGGGGAGCAGCGCUGAACAAGUAAGCAAACAAAUACUUAAUUACAAACCUGAGCCAAGGUGCAGAGGGAAAGAAGGGGGUGAUGGGGAGGAAAUCACAAGACCUUCCUUAGGCUUGUUACCUCAUUUAAACCUAAUCAUGGUCUUGCCCUGGGAGACAAAUAUCCCCAUCUUGCAGAUGAAGAUACUGAGACCCAGCAAGGUGUAGCAGGGGCUCCGGUCCCACAGGGAGUUGGUGGCAAUGGGGACAGGCCCAGGUUAGACUUCUGGGAGGAGUGGCCUCUAGGCUUACUUCCUCCUCUGCCCCUGGGGCCCUGUUGGGUGUUUCUCCUCUGGAGCACUGGGCCCUGAGAGGAGGCUCCCUGCUGUGGGCCUGGGUCUGCUCAGCUACCUUGACAGCCUUCUUCCAGGAGGCUCUCUGGAGGCCUUGGAAGGUCACUGACUUCCUGGCCUUAGGACUAGGCAGAGAGGUGGGGAUGGAGCCUUCACGGACACUCAGCCAGCCGAGGGGCUUUGAUCUGAACUUGCUUUUCAGUCAAGAUUUCAGGACUCUAGGCUUAGAGAUGCUGGAGUCCUGGUGGGACAGGGGGUGCCGAGGGGCAGGUCAGAGCGGCAGGUGCUGCCCUAUGUGUACACGGAGGGGGUUCUGGGUGGCCUACCAUGGGCCGCCUGACCGGACAGGUUCAUCGGGGGCUCAGUCUAGCUGAGUGAGGGGGCUGGGAGUGCAGCUGUAAGCAGACUCCGGCGGCCAGACUGGAGUAAGUACCAGUUUGGGGUAAUUAGAAGGCACGUAAUUAGAAGGCGUCAGGGCGCUAGGCGGCGAGUGUCUGUGAAUAUGCCUGAGUGGGCCCUUGCUGGCUUUGAGUUUGGGUCUUUGGACCCCUGGAAGACUUUCCUCCUGGAAGUCUCAAGAUCACGGUUCCCUAUCGGCCUGGAGGCUGGUGACUCCUGGGGCCCAAGGAUGAAGCUGAGCCUGCCACACUGGCCCCUGUCCUGCCUUUUUGUGCUGCUGCGCUGGCCUCUGGCCACUCCAACAUCAAGGACCCUUUGGCGGUGCCCACCUGGGGAGGAGCCCAGCCUGGACCUGGGGCAGGGCACAUUAUGCAGGUCCUGUCCCCCCGGCACUUUCUCUGCUUCAUGGGGCCCUGGCCCGUGCCAGCCCCACGCUCGCUGCAGCCCUCGAGGGAGGCUGGAGGCCCAGGCAGGCACAGCGACUCGAGACACCCUAUGUGGAGACUGCCAGCCUGGGUGGUUUGCCACUUCAGGGGUCCCCCUUGUCUCCUGUCAGCCGUGCUCCUGGACACCUCUGGGUACUCGCAGCUGUUAUGAGCGGGGACGACGGGCCCGACGUGGUGUGGAGGUGGCAGCAGGGGCCAGCAGCGCUGGGGAUACGCGGCAGCUUGGGAAUGGCACGCGGGCAGGUGGCCCUGAGGAGACAGCUGCCCAGUAUGCGGUUAUUGCCAUCGUGCCUGUCUUCUGCCUCAUGGGGCUGCUGGGCAUCCUGGUGUGCAACCUGCUCAAGCGGAAAGGCUACCACUGCACGGCCCACAAGGAGGUUGGGCCCGGCCCUGGAGGUGGAGGCAGCGGGAUCAACCCCGCCUACCGGGCUGAGGACGCCAAUGAGGACACCAUUGGGGUCCUAGUACGCCUGAUCACCGAGAAGAAAGAGAAUGCCGCGGCCCUGGAGGAGCUGCUGAAGGAGUAUCACAGCAAACAGCUGGUGCAGACCAGCCACAGGCCCGUACCCAGGCUGCCGCCGGGUCCCCCCAGCAUGCCACACGUCUGCCCACAUCGUCAUCACCUCCACACCGUGCAGGGCCUGGCUUCACUCUCUGGCCCCUGCUGCUCCCGCUGCAGCCAGAAGAAGUGGCCUGAGGUGCUGCUGUCCCCUGAGGCCGCAGCUGCCACUACUCCUACUCCCAGACUCCUGCCCAACCCGGCCAGGGCUUCCAAGGCUGGGGCCAAGGCAGGACGCCAGGGCGAGAUCACCAUCUUGUCUGUGGGCAGGAGAACCGCUAUGUGGUCCGGCUAAAUGAGAGCAACCUGGUCAUCUGAUGGUCUAUCUCAUCUGAGAACAUGGCAGCCCUGCCCUGGGAGGUUCCGAAGGCUUCCUGGAGGAGGUAGAGCUGCAGCUGGGCGUGUGAGGACCAAGAAGCAAUGGCCCAGCAGACAGAACAGCAAAGGCCAGGGCCUGGAGGUGGGAGCGUCCGCCCCAGUGAGGAGGCAGGCCAGCUGGCGGGUGCUGUGUGCAGGAGCAGGUUGAGAGCCCCUCCCCUGUCCCUGCCACCCAGUUUUUUCUCUGAAGGAUGCCCUGUGCCCUAGCCUGGCCAGAUCCUGGGACCCUGCAGGAUCCUCUGUACCACUAAGUGGCAAGGCCUUGGCCUGGUGGGGAGGGGCCCUCUGCCUGGCGCUCCUGGCCCCACACCUUGGUAAUUAGCUGCCCUUGCCUCUGUACGGGGCCCUAGUACGGACCUCUCCCGCCUCUUCUAGUGGGCCCUGUAAAGGGAAGGAGCAACAAAAAGCCAUGGGCUGGAGACUUGAGUUCCCAGGCUCUAACCAUGGGCAAGUCCCUGGCCAUCACCUGGUUAUAAUUCUUCUGACCAUGAAGUGGGAAAAGAAAGGCAUCUCAGGGCUCAGGGCUUCUCCAGUUACUUGGCAGGUUCUGGCCCGGGUCAUGUGAGGGGAGAGCCUGACUCCUUGCCACCCCUCCCAUUAGUAGCUUUAUCUGGCCCCAUUUUUGCGGCUUCUAAGGCCUCUGCCUUCAGGCCCCCAUGGGGCGGCCCAUCCCUGGCUCUGUCUAUAAGGGGCUUAAUGCAUGUAUCUGCUCCCCACCCUGCUGUUUUUAUUGAAAUUGGUACCACAGUCUUGACCUGGGCAGGGCUGUAGUACAAGGUGCCAGCCUGCAUAGCCACCCCAAGAUCUCAGGAGCUUUUGGGGAGAGACAUGGGUGAGGGGCUGGUAAGGUGCCCCUGGCCUCAGUGGUUUGUGUGUCCCUGUGGUGUUGGUGUCUGUCCCCCAGCCUGGGCAGUGCGGGCGACUGCCCAGCCCAGUCCCUAUGUCCACUCUGGCUCAGCAACCUGGUUAUUUAUGUGGGGUCGUGCAGGCAUGGGCCCCACUGCCAUCCCUGUUUCUCUUAUUUAUUGAAACUUUGCUGUUGUCCUGUCUUUGUCUCUAUUCCCAUCCAUUUAUUGGAUAAUAAAAGGUGGGAAAGUCGUGUCA